AUGGAAGCAGCGGAGAAAACUCUCACUUACCAAGAUGACACCGGACUUCACAGGAAGCUGCUCACAGAUGACAAGGAUAAGGACAAGACCGGCGGUAAGGACCACGCCACCGAGACGAACAGCGACGAGUCCAAUUAUGUGGAUCUGGACGUAAAUCCUGACUGUCCCAAAACGGUUAAAGUGACUUUCACAGGUGUAGGGAACCAGCUGUCUGUUAUCAAAUGCGACAGUUCAAAACAGGAGGAGCAGGAACGAAAGAGUAAAAUCAUUUCGAGCAAGGACAAGCAGGACAACGUCCCAGGGCUCGGAUCGGAUGAGCCCCGGUCGGAAACUCUGACCAAACUUCCCAACACUGAUCAGGACUCCGAGAAUGAGAAUCAGCGCCAGGCCGAGCUCGACCCGAGUGACUGCAGCGACAAUGCGUGCAGUGAAAGUGAUGAGCUCCGGUACACGGACAUGUAUCUGAACAGCAAGACAGAGUCCGAUGACGGCGCCAGCGCCUUGCUGUCCGACCACUGCGGCUCCGACACCGUGGAGGACGAGUCCCACUAUAUCACCACGCACGAAAUCCAGCUGACCGAGCUCGACCACGACGUAGAUUACGACUUAGGCCGCGGGACCUGUUGGGAGUUUGAAGACGACAACCUGGUCUAUUCCUUUGUGGAUUACGCCUCUUUUGAAAGCGAUGAUACUCAGGAGGGCACUCUGAUACUAGAGGGCAGGGGCCAGGCGAAAGUGCAGUCAAAUCUCGGUGGAACAGUUGUCAGCACUGAGCAGGAGGAGAGCGAUCUUUGUGAUUCGGACAAAUGCGCCAGCUCGGACGAAAGCGUGUGUAAAAAUCCAAGUGAAGACCUUAGUGAGGGAAAAAUCCACCUGUCGAUAAAAACCUCCUCUAGAGCAGUUAACGACCCAGUUAAUGUAUUUGACAACAACUUCUCUGGGUACAAGAAACACUGUGGAGACAAGAGCAAUUUCUCUUUUGUGAGCCCUGGCGCCAGCGCGGGGCCCCUGUGCGACAGAGCCCCAUAUUUCAUUCCUGCUCCGGGCCGUCAGCACCUUGCAACCAAACUGAGACGGAAAGAUAUUAAUGAGUAUUCCAGCGGAGCGUCCAGCUCGAUCAGUGAGCUGGAUGACGCUGAUAAAGAGGUGCGUAAUUUAACCGCCAAGUCUUUCCGGAGCCUGGCAUGUCCAUACUUCGAUGCUAUUAAUCUUAGCACCUCUAGUGAAUCUUCUGUCUCGGAAUACGGCCUCAAUAAGUGGUCGGCUUAUGUAGACUGGAAUUACGGAAACAUAACGCGAGGCAGAGAGCGCAGCGUAAUUGCGCACAAGACUUCCAGGGCAACGCUGGAAAUGAAUAAGAACGUGGAAAGUAAGAAGCAUGGUAAGUCUGUUACCGGCACGAAAACCCCGCAAAACAAAACAUGCGCGCUAAAUAAAAGAAUAACUUCACAGCAAGCAUCAUCUUCCAGCAAAAAGAUCCAAGUGAAAGAUCACGUUCAGCCAGUGCAGCGCGGUGUCACGUUGAAUUUCCGCUGUAAUGUUGAAUCACAUGAAACAGCCGAUUCAAAAUGCCCCAAAAAGGCACGACCCAAUGGGGCUACCGGGGCUGUGCUGGCCAGGUCUGGGUAUGAGAUGCAGUAUCAUCACACAGAUAACCUAGGAGAUACUCACAAAAGGGCAAUUUUUGCAUCAAGUCUUUUGAAAAAUGUGAUUUCCAAAAAGAUGCAAUUUGAGCAGGAGCGCAAAAUGGAGAGGGGUGAAAUCUGUGACACAUCCCCCUGUUUUCAGAUAAAAGAUCCAGAGGUGAUGAGAGAAAGGAGUCCGGGACGAGGCCUACAAAGGCAAACAUCAGAAUCGGGCUCAGGAUUCACUGUGAAUUCUGCUGAUGAUCAGCGUCCGGAGGUUGGCAGACAGAGUUCCUGUGGUGAUGGAGAGGAAACAAAAGGCAGCAAAGCACCAGAUGAUUCAGACAAGGGACAGGAUGAACUCCAAAAGGAUUCAACCAUCCACAGUCAAAGCACUUCAUCUAAUUCAUUAAAAGAAGAUGAUCCAGAACCUGUAAAACAGGUCGAACCUCCAUCUGUAAGCGGCACACAGACUGCAGCAAAGGAAGGAUUAGACACCAGCAGCAUGCUGUCAAAACUUCUUUUUGUUCCAAGUUGCCAGCUACACUCAAAGGAGAGGAACUUUUCAGAUUUACUAAGACACACACCUGACUCUGUCACACCUGCUGCUUCACAGAAAAGUGAAAAGGAGCUGAAAGCGAGUAAUAACGGAAACAAAGAAGAAAAUGGGAAGGGAGGGAAGAAACCCGAGAUAAAAAUAUGUCUGAGAAGCGUGAAAGAAAAUAAAGGCUGCACGCUGAAUAUUGCCAAUCUCCUAACCCCUAAAAUAAGUUACAAUGUCAACACGUUCAGGACAGCAGAUGAUACCAGAGUCCCCAUUUUGUCAGCAGCCGACAGGGUUCCAAAUUUCACUGUUAGAGACAUAAGAGACACCAAAUGCAAGCUUCAAACACCAAUAUAUCACGUAAGGGAUGUACGCAAGUUGGUAAAAAGCUCAUAUCGCUUUGUUUCCUUGAAUAAUAGUGGCAGUAAAUGUUCCACAGCAGCUGAUAAACCCGAGGAAAAGGCAAAAACAGAGCCUGUUAAACAUUUAUUACCGUCUCCUAUUGUAAUCAAAUGCAACUCUGUUAAAACAAAUGUCAAGUCAGAGAAAACUGCAGCACAGAAACAAGCAGCGACAUCUGAAAAUCCCCAGAGUGAAAGUGUACCUUCUGCUUCUGUGGCUAACAGGGCACCACCAGUCAUAACCAAGCAGGGGUGCCCUGACCAAUCAGACAUUCAAACAACUCAACUGGUGAAACAGAGGCAGGAGAAGUUUGCAGGUGAAACAGUGGAAAGGAGAAAUGAGGCGGCAGCUCCAAAACAGGAUGCAGUGGAGAAAAUAAAAGCUGCUGUCAAAACGAUGGAGCAGCUUUAUUUUUUUGACAAAAAUGAGUGGAAGCGCAAGAGUCAGGCUCCACGCCCCAUCACAGGCAGCCAUGUGCUGUCGCUUAUUGCCAGGGAGGAGCAGGGAGCAGAGGUGCCCGAGGCGGCAAGCACCGACAGGACUCCUCAGUCAGAAAUGGGGAGGCCGCAUGAAGACAAAAGAGCCCUCAACGUCAUCCAUGUUCCAUAUGACAGUGAUGCUUUUAAAACACAACAAAGCAAAACAUUUACUAACAAAAGCGUCCUCCAUUUUGGCAGCAAGGCUUGCGUCAGUGUUAACUCAGACAGCAGCUCUGCAGUUCAAGUGCCACCAACUGUGAGCUCCAAAACUCCAGCGGCUCCACUGUCUGUGAAAAUAGAGAAGCCAAGACAUUGCCAGGUGGAGAAUGGAAAGGUCAAAAUCAGCCCCACUAAUCCUUCUGUUACACAGGGCUGCUCGGACUCUGAGAACUAUUUAACCAUACCAGGGAUGGCCUACACAAAUGAAAUCAAACUUUCAAACCCAGAACAUGAUUCAAAGGAGGGCAAUUCAAAUAACAGUAAAGUCAAUGCAGCUGACCUCAAGGCACCUGAGCAGAAAACUUCUCCGUUAAUCAUGGAGUACCCAGGCACGAGCAUCUACCAUCACCCAACAGCAGCAACAGGGCCUCAGAAACAGCAGCAGGUGCUCUGUUUCUCUCCCUACCUCCCAAAUGUGUCGCCUACACCUUCUACUGGAGAGCCAGCGCAACAAACCCAGCGCAAGAUGCUUGUGGACCCCACAACUGGACAUUAUUACUUGGUGGACACUCCCAUUAAAGCGACCUCUAAGAGACUGUUUGACCCUGAAACAGGUCAGUAUGUGGAUGUACCCAUGCCUCAUUCACCUGCGGCACCUGUAACCCCGGUGCCUCUUUCUGUGUCUCCCCUGGCACUUAACCCAGGAGGAUAUGCCCCCACCUACAUGAUCUACCCAGGCUUCAUCUCCUCACCCACUUUAGCAGCCCAGACGGUAUUGCCACAGUCCCCAUGUCAUUCUGAAGAUGCAGGUGGAGAAAAUAUCAAAAAGAAUAUUAGUCCUCAGCCAGAAAGUAAGACAGCAGGCACAGAGAGUACAUAUUACAGUGCAACAGGAGAAACUUCCCAGGCGCAGCUGCAGUUACCUGUGAGUUUGGGACUUUUGACCACCAGGGGAAGUGGCGGUAGCUCAGAGCGAAAGCCAGUUAUCAGCAUCACAACGCAGCAAGGUCCAAGAAUCAUUGCCCCUCCCUCCUUCGAUGGCACAACGAUGAGCUUCGUAGUGGAGCAUCGGUGACCAAGAGAACGUCUCGUCAUAAGUGAUAUGUUUUUGCUGAGGAUUCUGCCUUCAGUCACUGUAAGUUCAGUUUUCACC